AGUCCGUUUUAGCAGACGACAACUAAACUAACACCGAAUCAUACGACGAAACAUAUCCUCCUACCUCACUUUUCCGAUUCUUAUCGAAAGCACACUUUUAUUUUAAUCAACAAGCUGUGCAUUUGCUGGAAUCAGAUUUGUUAAAGAGAAAAUGUGUCGCUUCGAGAAGAAAUGAAUUUACAAUAGUAAUACAUUCCUUUCAUGAUUAGUCAUCUGUUACGAAAAAUGAGAGGAUCCAUAAAAAGGAAAAUUCAAAGUGGCUACAGGCAUCAUUACGUUAGUCAAUGUAUAACUGGUUGCUUGGGAUGUAGGUGGAAAAGGUAUAGGCAAUCUAGACAUGCCACAAGAUGGGAACACAUUUUAUGGAUUAUAUACUUUUUGGUAACGCUAGCAUUUAUUGUUUUUUGGUUCCUCUAUUGGAUUGCUAUCAAAAAUGAUUCGAAUAACAUUAAUUGGUAUGUCUUUGAGAAACUUCACAAAUGGUUGGACGUUUACAGACUUGUUUUAGCCCUUACGGGAACAACUUUUGCAUAUUUAUUACUAAUAGCAAUACUCCUUAUUAGUCACUUAAUUCUUGGAUAUCAAUUAUAUAUUCAUAUACUGCAUAGAGGUGUUUUCACCUUGAUAAUUAUAAUGUGUGUAAUAUUUGUGAUUCUCUUAUCAAAGAUCUAUAAGGAGGGUUACCCCCUUCUUAAUCAAUCCAUGAUGGCAAUGGCACCCUUCGUAUGGAUGUUGGUGGUUGUCUUUCUUACUGGUUGUUCUUGGCUUGUAGGUAACAAAUACGUUACGCUACAAGAAAAAGUCCAUAAAGCAGCCUUAGUGACUAUAUAUGCAAUUAUCAUGCUAUUUUGUUAUCUUUUUGCUAUUGGAAUCGAAUCGCCUUGUUUUACGUCCCAGAUAUCAGCCAAACCUAGAUUCGUCGCUCAUCGAGGGGCAUCAGCAAUAGGCCCUGAAAAUACCAUAUACUCUUUUAAUAAGGCCUUAGAACACGGAGCUUUCGUUUUAGAAUCUGACGUCGUUCAAACAGCGGAUGGCGAACUUAUUUUAUUGCACGAUAAAACUUUCCGUAGAACUACCAAUAUAAAAGAUAUUGAAGGAGGAAAAUUUAAAAAUACUGAACCUUGCGCAUUAAACUACUCAUUUAUUGAAACCUUGGAUGCAGGUUCCUGGUUUUUGGAACAAGAUCCUUUUCGCACUAAGAGCUCUUUAACAGAUGUUGAAAAAGCGGAAAUUAGGAAACAAAAGAUACCUCGCUUAAGCGAUUUAGUCGAUUUAGCGACAAAGGCAAAUGUGAGUAUAUUGUUUGAUUUGAAUAGAUCAACUGCUUGUGAUGGGAAGAACGCUACAAGUGAAGAAACGAAAAUGCGUGACAUACACUUCAAUGAUCAAGCUAGAGAAAUUAUUGAAAAUUCAAAACUUCCCAAAAGAAAUGUUUGGUGGUUAGAAUCUGCUAAAACUUCAAAACCAAUUGAAUUUACAUUAGUUGGAGAGGGAAAAAGUGGAUAUCAAACUGUUGAAGAAUUGAAAGAAAAGAAAAUAGAUUUGGUUAAUUAUCAGCAUAUUGUAUCCAGAUAUGGAGAAGAUCUUAAAGCUUAUAAAUAUAAUAAUAUUUCAACAAACGUCUACGUGGUUGACGCAAGUUGGUUGUUUUCUGUUUGUUGGUGCGCAGGAAUUGAGAGUGUAACUACAAAUGAAAUUCAAAACUUGUCGAAGCUGGCAUCUCCUGAUUGGAGAAUGUCAAAGUUAGUUUGGAGAAUACUUAUAGCCAUCUUCACUGUAUUAUCAGCCUCAUUCGCAACUUUGGUUAUUGUUUGCAGCGCCAGACGGCAUCGGUUGAGAAGGACGUCGUCGGUAUCGUUAAGUAGCGAACAACGAACGUCACUGUCUAGUUCUCGAAAGGCUGUCAGCUUCAUACAAAUUUCCACGCCAACAGGAGGAAAGGAACAGCUGUUGGACGAUCGCGGAACAGAGAGUUUAUCAAUCUCGCGGAAGACGGAAAUGGAAGCGGAUAUGGAACCGAGGAUGAUUCCCCAACUUUCGAUAUCCGUAACUUCUCUAGCGGAUCCGAUAGCUACCAAGGCACCCUCUAACAUCGAAAAGUACUAGAGAAAAAGAAUCCUGUGAUUUUAUUGUUAAUCAGAUAGUUGUUUCUUUUUCCUUCUUUCUUUAAGCUGUACAAGAUAUAGAAAUACAUCUUUUUCCUACAUAGAUAAUUUGACUAAUUUGCUUAAUUAUUACAUAGGAUCAGUUCUCUGAUCAUCUAUUUCCUAAGUUUAUUAAUUUAUUUUAGAUCUAUAGUAGCUUAUGACCCUACCUCAUAUUCUUCCUUUAACAAAAUUCCUUCAUCCUUUAUAUUACCAAAAAAAUCCUUUGAAAAAGAAAAACCGUUUUGCUCCUUUUAUAGUCUGAGGGGACACAAAACCCUUUCUGAAAAAGGAAUACAAUAUUUUUUAGUUGAAAUUAUCAAGAAAAUCAUUACAAAUUUUCAUUUGCACGCUCUUAGAAGCAAUUAUUUCCCAACGUUACCCGUAAUAUAAAGAAUUAAAAGCUAUCUUCCACCGUUGUUUAUGAUAGAAACAUUAUUUUUAUACCCUAAAUGGUACCCAACUUUUCCUUGAUCUAUUGUACCUAGUUAUAUUCUAUUAGUGAUGGAAGAAUACACGAAUUAUUUAGGUAUUAAAUGAUAAUCGAUCGUUACAGCUUUCAUUCGACUAACAGUGCAUAACUUGUAAAUUCUUCACUAUUCAUCAGGCAAAGAGUUAUUGUCUUCCAUGACAAGGCCUCUUUUUAUUAUAGUACUAAAGGGCUUUAAUUUCAAAACAAACUAAAUUCUAUGGCAUGAAAAGGUUGGAAAAGUUUAUGGGAAUGAUCUUUACCAAGUUGAUAACUGCUUUUAAAUAUGAUAAUUGUUUUUUUUUUCAAUACAUUCUCUUUCGAUCUAGUUUUGGGACGCAACACCCAUUAAUACACUUAAGACUUGAAGAGGUUAGAUGUUGGGAGUUUUGCAAUUGGCAAACAGUUUCUAAAAGAGGGGAACUAAAGUAUAGAAGAGAAAUUCUUUAAUCUCUUAUCGAAAAGAGACAGAUGGGUAGGUUUUCAAAAUAGUAAAUAAUGGUGAAAAAAAACCUGAUUCAAAGGUUACGUUCUUUCCGCAUUCCAAUGUCGGCUUACUCAACACCAUUUCCAAAAAGCAUCCAUUGAAGAAAUAUAAUUACGCUUUCAGCUAAGGAGGAUUGACGAAAGAAGAAAGAGAGGAGAAAUGGCAGUUUGUUACUAUUACAAGUAUAGUAGAAGUACAUAUUGAGCCUUCAAAAUCAUAUCUGAACCCAGCAUUAUUAUUUACGCUCCAAGCAUAACUAUUGUGAAUCACAUUUAUUAUCGAAAGAGAGAAAAACAACCUACAUCGACUGGAAAAAUAAGGACGAAGAAAUAAUGGAUUCUUUCUUUUCUUCUUCAUUCUCUCCGUCUGUAUAACUAUUGGAAAAAAAAUACUUGAUAUGACAAGCCCGAAGGUUACAAAAUAUUUUUAAAGAACUUGUAUGAAUGGAAAUCUAGUUUGAAAAAAUUAGAAAUACAUUCUAUACUUGAUGCAUUAUCAUUCUUAUAUAACAUAUUGUUAUUUUCUCCGUAGUAGUUUGUUUUUGUGUGAUAUUUACGUAAGAAG